UUGGCUAUUCGGUGUUGGGAGGGAAAAUUUCAGGGUGCUGAUCGACGCACUGAAGCGCAAGAUAGCAUUCUGAGCCUCCUUCAUUUAUUAAUGUUUCUGCUGUCUGUCCCUGUGUUCGUCACAUCUCUCUGCCCAACAACGAGGAAGACGACGACGACGACGGAGAAGGAAUAUAAAGAAUGAUUCCUUAUUGCUUUUUCUUCGUCUCUCGUAUUAAUUGUUAGAAAGCUUAAUAUGAGUAAGCAAAGUCUUCCCUCCCACUUGCUAGAUCCUCUCUUUAAUGAAAUCGAUUUUUGUUCGCUCGGUUUGAAUUUCGGUUGCUUCCAUCUUCAAUGUCUGACGUUCUCUUUGUUUUAUGAGAAUUCGAAGAUUCCACUCAACCAGAAGUUGGAUUUUCUGGCUAAGAAUCAAGUUUCCCUUCGGCUUUGCUGAGGAGAGGAUCGUCAGAUUGAAUUACAGCAAAAGUAGUUAGUCAUUGAGGUAGAGGAAGUGAAGAAGACUUCAGUUCGAAGCAUAUGUCUUAGGGUUUCGAGGUAGAGUAAUCGUAGGUCUGCAUUUUGAGGAAGGGCGAAGUGGUUGAAUUUCACGAAACCUAGGGCUUCUCAUUCGAUUGGGCGCAGACUGCAGUGUAUGAUGGUAAAUUGAUAAUGGUGCGGCUUCUAGGAUUGAAUCGUGGGGAAUUGGAUGAUUCGCCUCGUGAGAUUACACGUACUAAUCCGACUAGUGAGAGUGGGGAGAGUGGUUGGCUCAUACGUUUCUUUGACUCGGCGUUUUUCUGUGAGUGGAUUGCAGUCAGUUACCUCUACAAGCAUGAUCACCCUGGCGUCCGGGAUUAUCUCUGUAAUCGUAUGUACACUCUUCCGCUCUCGGGCAUUGAGAGCUAUCUCUUCCAGAUUUGCUACAUGCUGGUCCAUAAGCCAAGCCCAUCAUUGGAUAAGUUCGUCAUCGAUAUAUGCUCCAAGUCUCUUCAGAUUGCACUGAAGGUCCAUUGGUUCUUAAUGGCUGAACUCGAGGACUCAGAUGAUAAUGAGGGGAUCAGUAGGAUUCAGGAAAAAUGCCAGAUAGCUGCGACUCUGAUGGGUGAGUGGCUCCCUCUCAUACGGCCUCAGAACCCCCCAACAAGCCCUAUGAGCAAGAACCAAGUUCUGAACAAGCUUCUCUCGUCAAAGCAGCGGUUGUUAUCGCUAGCUUCAUCGCCCCCACUCCAACGACCCGUGUCUUUCUCGCCAUCCUCAGGAAGCAACUCUUUACAGGAAGAGGGUAGUAAGCUCUCCCCUGAGGAGAAUAAGCUCUUCAAGAAGUUUGGACCAAAAGUCCGGGAUGCGUUGCUGUUUAGGAAAUCGGUGGAGAAGGACGAGGAAGAUUUAGAGAAGGAUGGGUUCUUCCGUAGACUUCUAAGAGACAGUAAAGAUGAGGAUGAGGAGCUGAUGUCGAGCUCUGAGGGGUUCUUUAAGAGGUUGUUUCGUGAUAGCAAAAGUGAUUCGGAGGAGAAAACAGGUUCAAAGUCUGAAGAUGAAGAAAAAGAAGGUUUCUUCCGGAAGUUUUUUAAGGAGAAGUUCGAAGAUAAGAAAGAUGGCAAUGAUAGAACUGAUGAUGAAGAUAGGGGGAAUGCUAACACCGAAGAAGAAGAGCCUUCAGAAUUUUCAUUGUUCCGCAGAUUAUUUCGUGUUCAUCCUGAAGAUGCCAAAGCAACAAUAACUAAUGAAAACGGUAAUUCUGGUAGUUCAUUCGAAAGUAGUCCAGGAACUGAGAAGUUUUUCCGUAAGCUCUUUCGAGAUCGGGAUCGUUCUGUGGAAGAUUCAGAACUGUUUGGUUUGAAGAAACACAAAGAGAAGCGUCCAGGCUCACCAAGGCAGCAAAAUGAAAAAUGGCAUACAAGGCCUCCACUACCCAAUAAUAUGACAUCACAGAUUCGCAAAGGGACGUAUCAUGUUUCACUGGACUUCGUUCAAUCAUUAUGUGAAACGUCAUAUGGCUUGGUUGAUAUAUUCCCAAUUGAAGAUCGUAAAAGUGCCCUCCGUGAGUCGAUUGCAGAGAUCAAUUCGCACGUAGCCACUGCUCAAAGUAGUGGAGGAGUGUGCUUUCCAGUGGGAAAGGGAAUGUAUCGAGUGGUUAACAUACCUGAAGAUGAAGCUGUUCUUUUGAAUUCUAGGGAAAAGGCACCUUAUCUGAUUUGUGUGGAGGUUGUGAAAGGUGAAAGUCCAAGCCACACAAAGGGGACAUCAACUUUUCAAAAGCUUUCCAGAGGAGGGAUUCCAUUAGCCGACGGAGAUGCACAAUUGCCAAAGCCUCCUCCUUGGGCAUACCCUUUAUGGAGUGAACAUGAUAUGUAUCAUAAGGGUACCGAUAGGAUGUCGAGAUCUACUUCUCUAGCUAUUGACCAGGCAAUGGCUCAUUUAUGGGAGGCCAAAGUAAAAUUUGUUAAUGUGAGUCUUUCUGUAGAGAAGGAAUUGGAUAACCAUUCCAAGGAUGCUACAGUACCAGAAUCAAAGCAUGAUAAUGAUUUGGAAUGGGUAAGAGUUGUGUUGGCAGCUGAUCCUGGGGUUAGCAUGGAUGACAUAGAGGACCAAGAACCACCCCGUCGGAAAGACCACCGCCGUGUUCCAAGCACAAUUGCCAUAGAGGAAAUAAAGGCUGCAGCGGCCAAAGGGGAGGCACCUCCAGGGCUCCCUUUAAAAGGUGCUGGUCACGAGUCUUCUGAUGCACGAUCGAAAUACUUCAAAGUUGACUCUGAACAGGUUACGAAUGGUGGUAUUCCUAAGGCAACUGAUGCCUUGUCUGGUGAACUUUGGGAAGUGAAGAAGGAGAGGAUACGCAAAGCUUCAACAUAUGGAAAAUUACCUGGUUGGGAUUUGCGCUCUGUUAUUGUGAAGAGUGGUGAUGAUUGUAGGCAAGAGCAUCUUGCUGUGCAAUUAGUUUCUCACUUCUAUGAUAUAUUCCAAGAAGCUGGUCUCCCACUCUGGUUACGUCCUUAUGAAGUCUUAGUUACUUCUUCUUACACUGCUUUGAUUGAAACAAUUCCAGAUACCGCCUCACUUCAUUCAAUCAAAAGUAGGUUUCCUACCAUCUCAAGCUUACGUGACUUUUUUGUGGCCAAAUAUCAAGAGAAUUCUCCAAGUUUUAAGCUUGCCCAGAGGAAUUUUGUUGAGAGUAUGGCUGGAUACUCUAUAUUGUGCUAUCUUCUACAGGUGAAGGAUCGGCACAAUGGAAAUCUCUUGAUGGAUGAGGAAGGUCAUAUUAUACAUAUAGAUUUUGGCUUUAUGCUAUCUAAUUCACCAGGGGGUGUAAACUUUGAGAGUGCACCAUUUAAGUUAACUCGUGAACUUCUUGAGGUGAUGGAUUCUGAUGCUGAGGGAGUUCCAAGCGAGUUCUUUGACUAUUUUAAAGUUUUAUGCAUACAAGGUUUCCUUACAUGCCGUAAGCAUGCGGAGCGCAUCAUACUUCUGGUUGAAAUGUUGCAGGAUUCUGGUUUCCCAUGCUUUAAAGGCGGUCCACGGACAAUACAGAACUUAAGAAAGAGAUUCCAUCUAAGUUUAACGGAAGAGCAAUGUGUGUCCUUGGUACUGUCCCUAAUCAGUAGCAGCUUAGAUGCAUGGAGGACUCGGCAAUAUGAUUAUUAUCAACGUGUUUUAAAUGGGAUAUUGUGAGGUUAUAACUGAUUCUUGAUUGCCCUUGCACCAUACUCUCCUUGUACGAGCUACUCCUGUGGAGACUGAAGAACCAUUUAAAUCAUUGCUGAAUUUGUGUACCAGAGUGCUGAUAAGCUUUAAAGGAUUGCACCCUUUGAGCUAGCCUGAAAGUUUCUCAAUGGAGAGGAUAUUAGUAGAACUCUCAGUUUGUGGUCUGUUCUUUUUGAAGUGAGAAAGGUAUAAUUGUAUCGGCAGAUACCAGUUGGAAGUUUACCCGACCAGGAACUGUGGGGUUAUCUUUUUCUAGUGUUUCAUGUGAUAUGGAAAUCAAGUGGGCGCGCUGGUCCAUUGGCAUACUUGGGUUUGAUAUCUGGCACUUGCAACAAGAUAUACAAGCCUCAAAUCCAUUGUUGUUGUACAGAAGGUGGUUCCAUUGGGGAUAACUGACCCAGACUAGAAAUGGUUACCUGCGAGGAGAUAUCCAUGUCAACAGUUCAAUUUGGCAGGGUGUCAGAUUUUUAUUGUUCAUAGGAAUGUUGUUUACUGAAGAGUCCAAGCUGGCAGAGGGAUCCGAAGCAGCAAGAUCUAUACGAAGUUUGUACAUCCUUUUUUUUUUCUGUGACGUGGAUUGAUUCUUUGACUGUACAUGGAGAUUCUGAGAGCAAAAGUUGGCCUGCUGUUUCUUUCUGGUCUACACUUGUUAAGGGCAUGUGUGCUUGAUCUGAUCAUUCAAUAUGAUUAGGGAGAGUUUUUCGCAUU